AUGGCGGGAGAUGUUGAACAGGCGCCACCAAAACCGAAAAGACUCGAUGAUAUGCUACAAUCGGGAUGGUACCUCUUCCGUGUUUGUCUCCUCCUCGAGAUCUCGAUUUUCACUCAAACCGCUUUCAUGUUCUAUAUGAUGUAUGCAGGUGCUGCUCCGACUCUUAAAUCGUGCGGUGGUCAACCCGGGAAUUGCACUGAUUUCAACGAGGACAACUGUGAAAAUCCUGAGUUUACCUAUCAAUUUAAAUCCGUUAAUGUUGAGUGGCAUUAUGAAUGUGGUGGAACGACGACAGUGAAACAAGUGAUCUCGAUUCAAAUGCUCGGCGUGCUCGUCGGAUCCGUACUUUUCGGGCAAUUUGGAGAGAUUUUCGGCAGAAAGAAAUCACUCUUGGUGGCGAUGAUUAUGACGGCGAUUGCUUUUGCGAUCACCCCAUUGACAUGGGAUCUCAUCUCAUUCACCAUUGUUCGUGUCCUUGGCGGUUUCUUCGUUGGUGGACAAAUUGUCUUGGCUCUUGUUGUUUUCCUUGAGAAUUCGCCGAAAUCCUCUCGAAUGUGGAUCUCGAUGUUGUUGUCAUGGUCACCAAAUAUCGUUAUUUAUGCCGGUGUCGCUUAUUGGGCUCAAGAAUGGCGUCGAUUGAGCUACGCGAUCGCCGUCCUCACCACACCCGGAAUUAUUCUUUUAGCCUUUUUCGUCUCCGAAUCUCCGCGUUGGCUGUUGCAAAAGGGGAAAAUUGAAGAAGCAAAACAAGUGAUGUAUCGAGUUUACAAAGUGAACGGGAAAGAGAUCGACGAGGAGACGAUGAAUGGAGUCUUCGAGAAUGAAGCUGCGGCUCGAAAGAACACAGGCGGCAAGAGUGUCUACUCGUAUUGGGACAUUUUCUCAUCGAAAGAGCUCGCCAUCCCAACGUUGAUCCUUUGCAUGUGCAUUAACUUCACUGCAAUCAACUCGUACGGAAUCUUGUUCAAUAUCGAGAAACUCUCCGGUUCGAUGUACGCAAAUUCAGCUUUGAAUGGAUGCUUGAGAUACAUCUUCAACAUUGUUUUCGCAUUGAUGGAACCUCGAUUCACAUGGAUGGGACGGAAAGCGAUUCAUGGAAGUUGUCUCGUUACUGUCAUUGCUGCCGUCACUUUUGUCAUUAUUGGAAAUGUCACUGGUAUCCCACUUCUGAAGACUCUCAACAGCUAUGCUUUGAUCGGUGCUGCCUCGAUGGCUUCACAGUUGUUUUUGGUUGUUGGAGUGACAGGAAAUGAGAUCUUGCCGACUCCUGUUCGAACAAUCGGAUACUCUGUCAUUCAAAUGUUCAAUCGAUUUGGUGUCUCCCUGGCUCCUUUCUUAUUCCUCUUGACCGAUAUUUGGACUCAAUUACCACUUGUCAUCAUGCUCAUCCUUGCCACAAUUCAGAUGCUCUCAUUUGCUUUCUUCAUCCCGGAGACUCGUGGUCGACCGAUGCCCGAGCACAUGCCUGAUCAUGGAAAGAAAGAAAAUGAGGCUGUUGAGCUGGUGGAAAAGGAUAAAAGU